GGACACAUCGGAUAAACAAAAAAGCCCCGGACAGGAGCAUAACCGUUUUGAAAGCGCGAGUAAGUAAAACGCAAACUCCGCGUUCGCGAUGUGAGCCGCGUGCGCUUGCGCGGCUUUUCGCGAUAAACUGCAGAUAGUGUACUUUAUAUAUGUGACUGUGCGACCGCGGUCUACGUUCACCUCCUAACCCAUGCCGUGCAAUGAACGAGCGAGUAUAGCACACCACACGCAGCGAAAUAGCGAACAGUGAGCAGUCAGCUCAGCUCGACAGCAGCUCCUCGGGGUGUCCCAUUCUCACUUCGCGCACCCGACAAUACCUACCGCCGGCGGCGUGCGGUUUUCCUACGUCUUCUAGAAGAUAUCGCAUAUACAGAGAAUACGCGGAAUAAGCCCUCUGCUGCGUGUGCACUUUCGUGACUCGUGUCGCGCUUUCGGCGCAAGUUCUGCGAGGAUACAGUAGUUACAUCAAGGAAAGAAAGAGCAGUUAUACGCCGAUACGCGCAGGGCUGCAGUGGUGUGUACGGCAAAAUUUAGUGUAAUUUCAAAAUGGCAGCUACGAGGAGGUUGCAGAAGGAGCUCGGCGACUUGAGGGCCUCAGCCAUGAAGAACUUCACAAACAUACAGGUCGACGAGUCGAACAUCCUCACCUGGCAAGGUCUCAUAUUGCCGGACAAUCCACCUUACAACAAAGGUGCUUUUCGAAUUGAAAUCAACUUUCCUGCUGAGUAUCCAUUCAAGCCACCUAGGAUAAACUUCAAGACUAAGAUAUAUCAUCCCAAUGUGGAUGAAAAGGGACAAGUGUGUUUACCUAUUAUCACUGCUGAAAAUUGGAAGCCUGCCACCAAAACAGAUCAAGUGAUACAAUCUCUAAUUGCAUUAGUCAAUGACCCAGAACCAGAACAUCCAUUAAGAGCUGACCUGGCAGAGGAAUUCCAAAGAGACAGAAGGAAGUUCCUAAAAAAUGCAGAGGAAUACACAAAGAAACAUGCCGAAAAGCGGCGAGAAACGUCUUCGGCGGAUUAACCGUGCUUAGUCUUAUUUACACCAAGAUGCCUGCCACCUUUCUCCAGAUUUGUAAACGAUAAACCUCUUUGUCAGAAGUGGAAUCAGGCUGAGGACACUUUGUACAGUAUCAUUUGACUUUUAUGCCGAAGAAGAAUACAUGCAAAUUGUACUAUUUAUACGAAGAAAGCUAUCUUUUAGGGAUUAACAUAUGUUGUAAUAAAUCAUUGUGUAUCAUAAGCUGGUGUAUGACGCUGGCACCAUUAGUAAAGUAUGCUUUCUUUUGUAGAAGUGUACUCUUAUUACUAUCAAUUUAUUUAAAUAAUUUACAUUAAAUAUUUAUGCUCUCAAAAUUACGGGUAGGUAGCCCAACAGAAAAAAGGUUUAUUCACGUUUAAUAGAUGAAAUUUUUGUUCGUAAAAUUAGAGAAAAAUAAUUUCUGCAUUUUCUUGGCAUUAAAUUAACAUAGAAACCCAGCUUGAAACUUUUUUUGUGGAACGAAUGCUGGAAGACUUUUUUUUAAUGUUAAGAAGCAUUAAAUGAAUUUGAUCUAAGCAUGAAAAUAUAUAACAUUAUUGUACUUUUAAAAAUCGUUAAAAUAAAGUUUUUGCAGAAAAAAUUA